CAGACUCUAUUCCUCUGCCGUGUUUUCCAGUGACUUUGAGACAUUUGAUCCGGCUGAAAUCACAAGGAGACCAGUAGAUGAUCUGACAUUGCAGAUGAAGGAAAUGGGAAUAGACAAGGUUGUGAAUUUUCCGUUCCCAACACCCCCAGAACCUGAAGCUUUGAAGGCGGCAGAGAGGCUUUUGAUAUCGCUUGGCGCAUUGGAAGUUCCUCCGAAAGUGUCAGGCUUCAAAGCAUCCAAAAAAGAAUCCUUUGGUACAAGGAUCACCCCUCUCGGUAAGACUAUGGCUUGUUUUCCUGUGUCUCCGUGCUAUGCUAGAAUGAUAGCCAUUGGUCGACAGGAAGGCUGUCUACCGUACAUCAUCGCUUUGGUGUCUGCUCUGACUGUCAGGGAAAUCUUUGAAGUUGGGGAUUUGCAGAGCGAUGUUGCAGAGGAGCUGAAGGAAGAGCAGAGAAAACACAGAGCAAGAGUCGCACACAGCAAGCGUCUCUGGGCUGGAGUGGGUGAUUCGCUGCUGUUAGGAGAUCUGAUGGUGUUGCUAGGGGCAGUGGGUGCUACGGAGUUCGCUGGAUGCACGCCAUCUUUCUGCGCGGCUCAUGGUCUACGCUACAAAGCGAUGGCUGAAAUCAGGAGACUACGUAGGCAACUCACCAAUGCUGUGAACUCAGUGCAGUCGGAUUACGAGGCCGUUCUGGACCCAAAGAUGAACCCCCCUAAUGCAAAGCAGGUGCAGUUGUUGAGGCAGAUUGUGCUGUCUGGCAUGCCCCAUCACGUGGCAAGGAAAAUGCCACAAACAGAGGAGCAGAAAGACAAGAACGCCUAUCAGAGUAUGGGCAUAGAGGGCGCUGUUUUCAUUCACCCAGACUCGGUACUUGUCAAGAAGCAGCCAGAGUUUGUGGUUUACCAGGAGGUCAUUGAGACGUCCAGACCCUACAUGAGAGGCGUGUCAGCGAUUGAGUCGGAAUGGCUACCAGUUGUCCUCCCUCACCUGUGCACCUUCUCCAAGCCGAUGGAGGAACCGGCCCCAUCUUACCACGAAGCAACAGGGACAGUGCACUGUCACAUGACCAGCACAUUUGGUCGUAAUGCCUGGCUGUUGCCUGCCGUUGAUCUAGAGUAUCCCAAGAGUCUAGAGAGAUUCAAGUGGUUUGCUAGGUUCUUACUGGAGGGAAAGGUGAUUCCAUCAUUGAAGGAUAACACCUCAUUUUUUCUGUCGUCACCCAGCACAAUGAUCAAAACCUGGGCCAAAUUACAGCCUCGGACGGAGACCUUUCUCAAGACACUGAUUGCUGAGGAUGUUGAUUGUAAGGAUGCCUUGAUAAAGGCCUGGAGACAAAAUGACAAGUAUCUGCUGAGUGCAUACUGUGACUGGCUUCAUCGUGACAAGCAUGCGGAGGUGAUGCUAAAAUGGCCGCCAGUCCAACUGGGCUAGUCUGCCCACCACGUGCCAAAAACCUCAAAUUGACGUAUUUGUUCAUUUCUAGAGAUGGCAGGCUCUGAAAACAAAACUUGCAGCAUUCAUGAACUGCUUAGUCGCCGUUUACCAACUACUUUGCAGAACGCCGAGGCCAAAGGGUUACAGUGUCUAAUCAUGUGCGAUGGUACACGGGUCCAACCCCGACUGCAAACAUGGUGUGUGUGUUCUUGGGCAAGACACUUUACUACAAUUGCCUCUCUCCACCCAGGAGUAUAAAUGGGUACCUGUGAGGGUAGAGGCCAGAUUGCGCUAAUGCUUGUGUUCUUG